UGGAGGAGUAUAAAAGGUCCGUCAUUGGGAAGCCCUACGACUUUCCUUGAUCGCACGAUGUCGUUUUGGGCAGUGAGUCGUGGCCUAACGCCGCCUUCGAAGGUAGUGCCCAUGCUGAAUCCCAACCAGCGCCACUUUCUGGAGGACGAGGUGCGCUACCGGGAGAAACUGAAGCUGAUGGCUCGUGGUGAUGCCAUGGAGGAGGUGUACGUGCGCAAGCAGGAGACUGUCGACGAUCCGCUGGAACUGGACAAGCACGAUUCCUUCUACCAGACCACCAAGAGCCUCCUGGUGCUUUUCCAAAUAAUGGGCGUUAUGCCCAUUCACCGUAAUCCGCCCGAGAAGAACCUGCCCAGAACGGGCUACUCCUGGGGCUCCAAACAGGUCAUGUGGGCCAUCUUCAUCUACAGCUGCCAGACGACCAUUGUGGUUCUGGUGCUGCGCGAGCGCGUGAAAAAGUUCGUCACCAGCCCGGACAAGCGCUUCGAUGAGGCCAUCUACAACGUAAUCUUCAUCAGUCUGCUCUUCACCAACUUUCUGCUCCCGGUGGCCAGCUGGCGGCACGGUCCCCAGGUGGCCAUCUUCAAGAACAUGUGGACCAACUACCAGUAUAAAUUCUUCAAAACUACCGGCUCGCCGAUCGUCUUUCCGAAUCUCUACCCACUCACCUGGUCGCUGUGCGUCUUCUCCUGGCUCCUGAGCAUCGCCAUUAACCUGUCGCAGUACUUCCUGCAGCCGGACUUCCGGCUGUGGUACACAUUCGCCUACUACCCCAUCAUCGCCAUGCUCAACUGCUUCUGCAGUUUGUGGUACAUCAACUGCAAUGCAUUCGGAACUGCAAGUCGCGCUCUUUCCGACGCUCUGCAGACAACCAUCCGGGGCGAGAAGCCCGCCCAAAAACUCACCGAGUACCGCCAUCUGUGGGUGGACCUGAGUCACAUGAUGCAGCAGCUGGGACGAGCCUACUCCAACAUGUACGGCAUGUACUGUCUGGUCAUCUUCUUCACAACGAUCAUCGCCACUUACGGCAGCAUCAGCGAAAUCAUCGACCACGGGGCAACCUACAAGGAGGUGGGUCUGUUCGUCAUCGUGUUCUACUGCAUGGGUCUGCUGUACAUCAUCUGCAACGAGGCGCACUACGCCUCCCGAAAGGUCGGACUUGACUUCCAGACGAAGCUGCUCAAUAUCAACCUGACCGCCGUGGACGCUGCCACCCAGAAGGAGGUGGAGAUGCUGCUUGUGGCCAUAAACAAGAAUCCACCCAUCAUGAAUCUGGACGGGUAUGCAAACAUCAACCGCGAGCUGAUCACGACCAACAUCUCGUUCAUGGCCACCUACCUCGUGGUCCUGCUGCAGUUUAAGAUCACGGAGCAGAGACGCAUUGGUCAGCAGCAGUCCUAGUUACCCAAUCAAUGUUUCCUAUAAAAUGAUUCUC